UGUUUUUCCUGUGUGGCUUGUUGUUUUGUAUAUUUUUGUUUUAGUGGCUUUUAUUUUCAUGUGUGUGAACUGGUCAGAGAUUGAGUGAGUUUGCUUGCCUUACAGCUCCCACCCAGAGCAGACAAAAAGAGAGAAGAGAAAAAAUUAAAAUCCGGUCAUAUUGAAUCAUGCUCGAAUAUGAAUGUUUAGCCGUUCACGAUCCGUACCUGCGCACAUAGUAUAUAUGCAAAUAAAAUCGGGAACGUUUCGGAUCGUACAAGUCACUUUUCGAUCGAGUGUUAGUGUGUGCCCCAAUAUUUCUAGUUCGCCGUGUACUUUCACACACGGCUCAAAUUAGCACCACUGAUAUCGAAUUAGAGUGCCCAAGCCGACUCGUCAAGUCCCCGAUUCACUGGCUCCAAAACUUUCCUAACUCUCCACCAGAGGCUAUCAACACUGCUGGCCGAUAAUUAGUGAAAGAUACAAUACCUACGCGCUCACGAAAGUUGUAGUUUUUAAUUUUUAAGUUUCCAGAUUCAAGUUCCGAAGGCCCGGGGGCGAAGUGAAACCGUUAAACUGGGUUCUGCCCAGGGUAGUAGGGAAACGCGGGUCUUGUACAAAUCAAGCAACCUUGAAAGCAACACCAAAUCAAUACUCGCCCUCGGGCGAUUUCAUUUCGUUUUCAAUCUAUCCACACGUUCAUACGCAGCUAUAUGUCUGCAGUCCGCUUAUUCUUUCGAAUAUUCGAUGCCCAUGUGGCUUACAGCCCCCGAAAAGGGAAGCCAUUGAAAGUUUACUUUUACUUUUUCAAUCGAAAGGCAAUCGAAUGGAACUGAAUCGAACCGAGUGGUGGUCAGUUGGCUAUCUAUAUACCCGCAGAGAUAUAUGUAUUUGAAGAGUUAUGGUAUGGGAUCUUAGGAAAGCGCUUGGAAUCGCAGGUGCAGUGUGCAGUAAUAUAUACACAAGGCAUCAUCAUAAUUAGCCAGUGGAAAUUCAGUGUGAAUGCAAAGUGAAACCUUAAUGAACGCAGCACGAUCGCUCACGCCACAUGCACUGCACUCAUGUAUGCUGUGUUUGUAUGGUUUUUAAAAAAUAUAUAUAAAUAUAAAUAAUUGACAAGUGUAUGCAUAAAUUAAUCGCUGGUGAUGCCACAGCAAAAACAACAGCUAAUCAGCAGCCAACGGCAUUAUAAUCAAGCGCAAGCGCAAACGCAAAUCAACCUCAACUUCAACUUCAACUUCAGCUUCAGCAUCGACUUUUGCAGCAUCGGAAAUACACGGCGGCAGGAAAAGUAACAGCUGCCAACAGUAAACAAUGUUUUGCCACAGCUUAUUGUAUACAAUAUCCACAUCCACAUCCACAUCCACAUCCGAGUCCCAAUCUCGAUCCCAUCGCAACCGCAGUGAGGUGGCUUUAAAAAGAGCCAUGACUUCUCCGAAUGCAGUGGCCCUCAUUAUGCUGCUGCUGCUGGCUCUGGGCACAGCUGGAAAUUGCCAAAUCUGCGGUCCGCCGGCGGUGCCGCUGAAUGCCAAGGUGCGGACCGUCACCGUCGACUCCCAGAUCGCGGAGGCGCACUACGAGUGCGAUGCUGGCUACGAGCUGUUCGGCUCCGCGUCGGUCAGGUGUGACGCCCGGACGGGCUGGGAGCGGGACCUGCCCUUCUGCGGGGUGAACGUGGCCUACCGGAAGCCGGUCAACCAGAGCUCCUACACCCGCAGCGGUCCUGCGAGCUAUGCGAACGACGGCAAGCCGGGGAACAAGAACCCCGAUGGCCAGGAGUGCUCCGAGACGCAGAAGGAGCCGUCGCCGUGGUGGCGCGUUGACCUCCUGACCCCGCAGGCGGUGCACGUGGUGCGCAUCACGACGCGCGGCUGCUGCGGCCACCAGCCGCUCCAGGACCUGGAGAUCCGGGUGGGCAACAGCAGUGCGGACCUGCAGCGGAACCCCCUGUGCGCCUGGUAUCCCGGCACCCUGGAUGAGGGCGUGGUCAAGACCUUCACCUGUGCCCGCCCCCUGGUGGGGCAGUACGUGGCCAUCCAGCUGGUGGGCGUGGAGGGCAGCCUGAGCCUCUGCGAGGUGGAGACCUUCACCAACGACGAGUUCUCCAUGGACCGCUGCCUGAGUCCCAAAAUCGGAGUGGACACCGUGGUGACGACAUUCUCGAAAAUCUGCUACGACUUUCAUAUCACAAAAGGAGAAAGCUUCGACAAGGCGCAGGCCAUUUGCAAGCAGACAGGUGGCGACUUGGUACACGACUUUCGGGGCGCCACCAGCCAAUACAUCUUGUCGGAGCUGGAGCGCCGGAAGACCGAGCUGAAGCCGCAGCUCGUCUGGAUUGGCGCCCAAAAGGAGCCCGGCAUCACCUCGCGCACCUGGAAGUGGGUUAAUGGGGAUGUGGUGCAGAAGCCGACCUGGGGCAAGGACCAGCCGAACAACUACAACGGCGAGCAGAACUGCGUCGUCUUGGACGGAGGCCGCAACUGGCUGUGGAACGACGUGGGCUGCAACCUGGACUACCUGCACUUCAUCUGUCAGCACUCUCCAUUGUCUUGCGGCUCGCCGGAUGCCCAGCAAAACACCACUGUCAUGGGCAAAAAGUUCACUCUGGGCGAGAAGAUCCAAUACACGUGUCCCAAGGGCCACUCGCUGCUCGGUCAGACGGAACGGGAGUGCCGCCUCGACGGCACUUGGAGCGGCUCCGCGCCGACCUGCAAGUACGUGGACUGCGGCAGUCUGCCGGAGCUGAAGUUUGGAUCCAUCCACAUGUCCGAGGAGCGGACGAGCUUCGGCGUGGUGGCCACCUACAGCUGCCACGAGAACUACACGCUGAUCGGGAACGAGAACCGCACCUGUGCCGUCGAGGGAUGGAGUGGCAAGCAGCCGGAGUGCCUGGUGGACUGGUGUCCAGAUCCCCAGCCAAUCACCGGGGGAAAUGUGCGAUUCAACGACAAGAGGGCUGGAUCCACGGCCACCUAUGUGUGCGAGCCGGGAUACGUGCUGGUUGGCGAGGCGAUCAUCUCCUGUGGCUUAGGAGGAGAGUGGUCGAGCAAGACGCCUUCAUGCAGAUUCGUGGACUGUGGAGCUCCAGUGCGACCAAAUCGAGGUAUCUCGAUCCUUGUGAACGGCACCACCACCGUGAAUUCGGUGGUGAAGUACGAGUGCGACGAGGAUUACUGGCUGGACGGGCAGUCGGAGCUCUAUUGCACCCGGGAUGGCAAGUGGUCGGGCGAGGCUCCGGUCUGCGAGCUGGUCACCUGCGAAACGCCACCCGUGCCAUCCGGAUCCUUCGUCAUCGGCUACGACUACAAUGUCCACUCGAAGAUCCAGUACAACUGCGAUCCCGGACACAUUAUGCAUGGAACCCCGGUUCUCGAGUGCCUGGACAGCGGGGAAUGGAGUGCCGAUGCGCCAUAUUGCGAAUACAUCGAUUGCGGUCAGAUCCUGCCCAUCCCGUAUGGCACCCACAAGUACGUGACCAACAGCACCUACGUGGGAUCGGAGGUGGUCUUCAGCUGUGCCCAGUCCCACAAGCUCAGUGGGGUCUUGAAGCGCACGUGCCUGGAAUCGGCGGUCUGGAGCGAUAGCUCGCCCAAGUGCGAAGAAAUUCGCUGUCCCGAACCCAAGCUGGCUGCCCACAGUCUGCUCUCAGUUACUGGAAACGAUCGCAUGUACGGACGCACCCUCAUCCGCACCUCCGAGUCCACACAGAAUACCCAGACCUAUAAAAUUGGCGCCCUGGCCAAGUACCGAUGCGAACGGGGCUACAAGAUGGUCGGAGAGGCCCUGGCCACCUGCACGGACAGUGGUCAAUGGAGCGGAUCUAUACCGGAGUGUGUCUAUGUCGAAUGUGGGGCACCGGAGAACAUCAACAACGGCAAGGUGGUCCUGGCCACAAAUGCCACUUACUAUGGAGCCGCUGUUCUCUACGAGUGCAAUGUGAACUUCAAGUUGAACGGGGUCUCACGCCGCCUGUGCACGGAGCACGGCAACUGGAGCCACGAGGCUCCGGAGUGCGUGGAAGUCGUCUGCGAUACGCCCAAUAUCAGCGAGAACCUCAUCGUGGAGGCCGGUCCCCGGGCCGUGGGAUCGGUGGCCACCUUCAAGUGCGCCAAGGGUAGAAUUAUGAUGGGCAAUGACACACGCGUCUGCCAGAAGAACGGCAAAUGGGCGGGGAAGAGUCCCACCUGCAGGCCUGUCGACUGCGGACGCCCUCUGGCAAUUGAGAACGGCCGGGUGAUCGUGGUCAACGAUUCGACUUUGUACGGCGGAUCCGCCGAGUACCACUGCAUCCCCAACUACAACCGGAUCGGGCAGUAUCUGCGCAAGUGCACCGAGGACGGCGCCUGGAGCGGAAAGCAGCCGCGCUGCGAACUGGCCACCGCGGAGGGUCACGAGACCUCGGAACUGGGCACGGGCGUGGGAAUCGGCGCCACUGUGAUCGUGGCCCUCCUGGUGAUCUUUGGCCUUAUUUUCCUCUAUCGCAACAAGGCGAGACCCGUAAAGAACACGGAAAAUGUGCAGGCGGCGGAGACGAAGGACGAGCGGAAUGCGGCCGUGAUGUCGUAUUCCACGCUGGAGGCCAACAACCGGAUGCACAUGGACAACAAUCCCUCGGCGACGUUCAACACGUUCCACGGAGGAGCGGGCGGACGGAGCGGUCCCGGCGGCAGUCCAGAUGCCACCAAUGGCGGGGAAAGACUGAACAACAAUCGGUCGGAAAACAUUUACGAUCAAAUACCAAACGAGCAGUUCUACGACGCUCCCUACGAGAUGCGCACCAACGACGAGGUCUACGAGCCGGAACCGGUGGCCAACAACGUCAUCACCAUCAACGGCAUUUCCGUGAGAUAGAUGUGGAUAUCCAGGGACAUCUCGGCGGAAGCCAAAGGAGGCACCGGAGGGCAGCAUUAAUUACCGAACGUCCAACGUUUAGUUUUGUGUUAAUAACUGUACAUAUUAAUUGUUUAAGGGAGGUUUUGAGUUACUCGUAGUUCGCCUAAAUCUUAACUUUGGUCACCCCCGCACUCGUACUUUAUGUAGUAGCCCCCUCGUAUAAUUAGGCCUAUCCAUAUGUACCUACGCAUAAUCUAUCUGUAUACUUAUACUCUACUGCCCCAAGUACUGAAAUCGAUUUGUCGAGCCGGAGUUUGAAUUUGUAAUUGAUUGAUAUGAGGUCCUUGUAUCUUUUGCUCCAUAUUCACGCUCGUAUUUGUUUGUGUUGUUUAAAUUAUUUUAACUGUGUAGUGAGGAGUGAACAAUUUUUGUUAUGCAAUGUGUAAGAACGCGCCAAUGUGUGUUUGUAGAAAGCGUUAAUUUUACGAACAAUUAAACGAUUGUGGUUGACUAAUUUAUUAUGAUUGAUGGAAA